AUGUCCUUCGCAGCUCAAGUUGUCAGCAGCCUAACAGGCUCGAGCCCGACAGUGUACGACCUGGUUGUGGUCGGUAGUGGAUUUGCCGGGUCUAUGACCACCUUGAACUUCCUGGAGGAGUGCAAAAAACUCGGUAAGAAUGGAAAGGUGGCCCUGAUCGAGGCUGGCAAAGAUGGCGAGAGGUGUGGUGCCAGUAGAUGGACCAUGGCAUACCUGCGCCUCGACAAGGACAACCAGUUCGACACAGAUUGGAAGAAUGAGAUGGCGCGCGUGAGCGAGGGUCUCGCCGACCAAGAUUAUUGCCUCAAAAUGGAGAAGGAAGUCCCCAUUUCCGUCCAAUAUCUGAUUGACCACGGUGUGAAGUUCAAUCAUCACGAUGAAAAGAAUGUCUUCCUGGAAUUUAACACCGAUCAGCAUUUCGUCUUCCCUGAGGGUGGCGGCCAUGCGAUCAUCAAUGCUCUCUUUGGCCACAUCCGUAAAUUCGACAAUGUCAAUAUCAUGUGGGAGACUCAAGCAGAACAGUUGUUGACGGAAGAGGAUGGCUCCAUCUGCGGAGUCAAGGUCCGAAAACCAGAUGGACGCCUUUCAAAGGUCUUGGGAAAGAAGGUCAUGUUGGCCUGUGGUGGGUUUGAAGGCAACCGAGAAAUGCUAGGAAGAUAUGUCGGUCCCAGGACCGAGCACCUGGAACUCAUCGCUCCCGGGCUCAAGUACAACACCGGGUUCGGUCUGAAGAUGGGUUUGGACGUCGGUGCUGCUGUGGCGGGCUCCAUGAGCGGCAUGCACUGUGAACUCGUGGACACCCGCGCGACAAAACCAGACGCUGUAAUUUGGGGCCACGGCUUCGGAAUCGUUGUCAACGAGCAUUGCCAACGCUUCUACGACGAGGGCCAACGCCAUCUAUUUGCCACGUUCGAGAUGAUCGCCCUCGAGACCUGGCGAGACCAGAACCAGAAGGCCUACUUCGUUACAGAUAAGCCCAUCAUGGACCGGUUCCGUCCGGGCUGGGUCUACGAUACCACCGACAAAGAACCUGAGCAGAGCGACACGAUUGAAGGACUUGCAGAAAAGCUCGGACUCGAUCCCAAGGCAUUGAAGAAGACGGUAGACGAGUUCAAUGCAGCGAUCAACGACAAUGAGUUCGACCUCAUGAAACUGGAUGGCAAGCGUACACACGGGCUCUCGCCAGACAAGACAAACUGGGCGUCGCCCAUCAAAGAGGCGCCAUUUUACGGCUACCCCAUGAAAGCACAACUCACGUUCACCUACGGUGGCCUUAAGUGCGAUUUGGACUCGAAGGUCCUCUCGACGACCGGAGCUCCUAUCCCGGGCCUCUACGCAGCCGGUGAACUCAGCGGGCUAUUCUACAAUGAAGUGAGUUUCCCUCAUCCCAAUGCUCAUCAACAUGGAUGGAAAUCCCCCAGAUCAGAUGCUAACUUCCAUGUCAACAGUGUAAGUCAGAACGAGCACUACGUUCGAGCCAGAUCAGAUGUUGGGGUUCGAGCGCACUGA